AUGGUGUCCCGUAACCCUCACAAGAUCGGCAACAAAAUAAAGCGCAAAGAACAACACGUCAAAAACAAGCGUCUAGCAGAAAACACAAAACGCGACGAUAGACUCCGCCGCAGACGCACUGAGGACAAGAACCCUGCACUGAGGGAAGCUCGUCGCGCAAAGAAUAUCCCGCAGACAAUCGACAGAAAGAGAACCUGGGAUACUGCUGGCGAUGGAGAGGAGAAUGACAAGUUGGGGUUGAGUGUAGAUCUGAAUGCGAUCAAGAGGAGGAAAGUCGAGGAUGAGGAAGAUGAGGACGAGGAAGAGCAAGAAGAGGAAGAGGGAAAGGACAGCGAUGCCGACUCCAUGAUCGACUUUGACGAGGAAGACGACGAGGACGACGAAGAUGCCAAAGCCGCAAAACAGCAAAAGAAAGAUGAGGCCGCCGCUGCAAAGAAAGCAACCCGCGCACCCUCACCGACACCCUCCACAGCAGCAACAAACCUCAGCCUCACUCCCGAAGGCCUCGCCGCAAAGUUCCCCUCGCUCUUCGAAAACAACGACAAAGAUCCCAAAGUCUUGGUCACCACCAGCAUCAACAGUUUCCUACACGAAGAAGCCUCGCUGCUGACUUCGCUAUUCCCAAACUCGGUCUAUAUCAAACGCACUGCACACUUCCACGCCCAUAAAUACAGCGUCUCUGAGAUCUCCCAAUUUGCGUCCAACAGAAAUUACACACAUGUGGUUAUCCUGAACGAAGAUCAGAAAAAGCCUGCAGGACUGGACAUCGUGCAUCUACCUCACGGACCCAUGUUCCAUUUCAGCAUUUCGAAUUGGGUGGAAGGUGCAAAGCUGCCUGGUCAUGGUAACCCGACUUCUCACGACCCGGAGCUGAUUUUGAACAACUUCCGCACGCCACUGGGUCUGUUGACUGCGCAUCUGUUCCGCCAGAUUUUCCCUCCGCAGCCGCAGAUUCAGGGAAGACAGGUGGUUACUCUGCACAAUCAGCGCGAUUACAUUUUCGUGAGGAGACACAGAUAUGUGUUCCGCGACAAGAGGGCGACUGAGAAGAGUAUCGUGGGUCCGGAUGGAAAGUUGGUUGAGGGAGUGGAGGAUAUCAGGGCUGGACUGCAAGAGCUGGGACCGAGAUUCACGCUCAAACUCAGGAGAAUCGACAAGGGUAUCCAGAGGAGGAGUGGACAAGAAUGGGAAUGGAAGGCUGGCGAUGAAAAGGUCAGGACGAGAUUUGCUCUGUAA